AUGACGUGCUCCAAGAAGUUCAUGCGGAACUACAAGGGGUUUGACGCUGUGGAUGUCCAUCUCGCGGAUGAUGGAAUCGUCCAAGCAAUCGGCAGUGGGGACAUUGUCAUGUCGAUGAAGACACCCCAAGGGAUGAAGAAAGGUGUGCUCACAAACGUGUGGCACAUCCCAAAGUUAUCCAGAAACCUGUUCUCGGUCGGCCGCUUCACCAAGGAUGUCGGCCCAGUGACGUUCACGAAGGAUGGGUGCUACGGAGAAGCGAAAGGGACCAAGUGGAAAAUUGGUGCCCGUGAAGGUAAAGGACUGUUCAAGCUGCAAAAUGACUCCAGUGGCGCCGGAACAAGCAAAUGCAGCCAAGUCGUCGGGAUGUCAAGGGGGCACCAAGUCGUACCUCUGGCACCUUCGGCUUGGCCACAUAGGUCACGAUGGACUCAAUUGCAUCGUGACGAAGAACAUUGGAAUUGGCAUCGACAUAUCUUCGGUGAAGAAGUGGGACGUGUGUGA